CGCUCGCUUCUCCGUCGUCAAGACUGCGCGCUUCCCCUGACAACACGCUUUCUUCCAAAGGAACCUCGCUUCCUCCUUCUACAGCCAUCGUCGCCAUCCCAUCCUUCGACCUUUAAUUCUACCCGCCUUCGCAUCCAGGAUCCCCCCUGAGGGCUGUAUUCACCACCCAGUGACGUUUGUCUGCACCGUUGCGCGAGCGACUUAAACCAUUUAAUCAUUUGAGGAGGCCAUUCAAUCUUGCCCCUCGUGUCGACAUCUCGACUUUUUCCAACCUUUUACAUUUUACAUCUUCUUUAAUCAAUAGCCACAAUGGCCAACAAGUUCACAAGAGAAUACAAGCUGGUGGUCGUCGGUGGCGGUGGUGUCGGUAAAUCGUGCCUUACCAUCCAGCUAAUCCAGGGUCACUUCCUUGACGAAUAUGAUCCUACAAUCGAGGAUUCGUACCGCAAGCAAUGCACCAUCGACAAUGAGGUCGCCCUUCUCGACAUUCUAGAUACCGCCGGCCAAGAAGAGUACUCGGCCAUGCGCGAGCAGUACAUGCGCACUGGUGAAGGCUUCCUGCUCGUUUUCGCCAUCAACUCGAGGGAAAGCUUUGAGGAAAUCAGGAUCUACCAGCAACAGAUUCUUAGGGUCAAGGACAGGGACUCGUUCCCCAUGAUCAUCGUCGGAAACAAGUACGAUUUGAGGGGAGAGCGCGUUGUUUCGGAGCAGGAGGGACAAGCUCUUGCCGCCGAGUUCGGUACCAAGUACAUCGAGACUUCCGCCAAGACACAACACAACGUUGAGAACGCUUUCUACGAUCUCGUCCGCGAAAUCAGGAAAGAGGACAAGAAGCUCGGCGAGAAGGUCGGCGGCACCUCAUUCGCCAACAACAAUGGGGCAGUUAAGCAGAUGGACGUCGGUGACGAGGACGUCCAAGCAGGCUGCUGCGCCAAGUGCAUAAUGAUGUGAAUGAUCGAAACCAACAGGGGAAGAGCAAGCGGGGAGUUAAAAGAAUUGGGACACGUUUGCAAUGAAGAGAUGGACGAUCACACACACACACACACACACGCACACACACACACGCACACACACAAAAUCCGGACUUUAUAGACGACAUGGAUGUGCAAAACAACCGAAACACAAAAGCCAUAUCGGACGGCCACGCCCAUACCUUAGCUCACGUACGGUGACCAGUCGGGCUCAGGACCACGGGACCAGCGGAAGGAAUAUCCGCGUUUGGGGAAAUUCAGGCGAGAAGGGGGUUAGGAACCGGGACCGGGCACACAAAUUCUUUGCAUUUUGUGGGCAUUUGUUGCAGUGGCACUUAUGCGGAUGAGCUGAGCGACUUGAAAAAGUUGCUUUCAGUUACCAACCGGCCGCUGGGUUUUUAAUAUUACACCGCCGCUGCUACAAUCCGCUCCUUGGCGUUCGUGAGGCGUGGUCGGUUUCUCUAUCAGCGUCUGGAAGAGGUCGCCGAGGGAAGAAGGAAGGCUGGGUUCGGUCUGGUUGGUUCGGCGAAGGGGUUGGUUGGUUUUGGUUUGGUAUAAUCCUGGUUCUGUCUGGUCUGGUCUGGUCUGUCUGGGGUUUUUGUUGGCACGUUUCUGUCCGUGUUUCACGAUCCGCGGAUUUUGUGAUCAAAUACUUCUUUCUGCUACCUUUUUUCACUUUACACAUUUUGGGAGUCGUUUAUCCGCGAGAGAACUGUACUUGCUAUGGAUGUUAUGUCAUGGUGGGGAUUCUGAUCGAUACUGGGUUUGCAAACUCUCGAAAGAAAACCGUUUAUUUGUAAUUCAUU